GUUCAUCACGGUUUAGCCGGCUGGCCAAAGCGGCGCAGAGCGGCGCUGUGGUUCCUCCAGCGGACAUCCGCUACCUGAAGCGCGCUGCGGCGCCAAACCUUGGUGGUGAUUCGGCCACGGGUCGCAUUGUAGCCCAUCUCCAACAGCUUUACGAGUCGGUGGCAGAAACAUUACCAGACUUUCGUGGAGAGACAGAUGUUGUGAUGGCGAAGCGUGGUGAGAUAGGUUUGGAAGACGAGUUAGAGGAUUCCUACGCAGAGGGUCUCAAGAGCUCCACCAAAGAGUUUGAAGACCCAAACUCUUUUGUGACUGGCCGCACGAGGAAGAAGCGGAGGCGGAAGAGCGUAGUUGUAGAUCCGGAGAAAGUUCCGCCGCGAGAGCCACGGUGCCACAUGGUUCACCUGCAGGCGCAUGAGAACUAUCGACGUCAUGUUCGCUGUGUGAUUCGUCCCGGGUGGUAUGCUUUGUUGAUUUGGUUCGUGGAAUCCCUUUUAGGGCUGGCUGACAAGAAUCCGAUGACGGAGAAGUACCGUGAGCACUUGAAGCAUUACAUUCCGUUGCUGGAGAAGUGGGGGUUUGGCGAGGGGUUCUUGCCGGCGCCAAACCCGGUGAAGUUGUUCGCUUGGAACGACAAUAGUGGGAGGCUGGUAAAGGGCGGCCAAGACGACCGGAAGGAUGCCAACCGAUAUGCGGUUCGGGCUGCGGAAGCUAUUACACUCCAAGCCGCGGCUGCAGCUUGGGCUCGUGGUGUUCCCUGGGCGAAGGCCCUUGACAUUGCCACCAGAGCUGUGGCGAAGGCAGAUCCAAAGAAAAGGGCAAUGCCGAAGGCAUUUGCCCGUGGCCGGGGAAGGCGUUAG